GAGAAUAUCUGAGUGACAACGGCGGCAACAAGGCGGGUGGUAUGAAACUCAGGCGUGUCUCCUUCCUGAUCAAUAACAUCGCGGGCCAGGUCCAUCUCAUGCAAGCCUGCGACUAGCUCCGCGACCGUAAGCUUAUGAGGGGCUUUAAACUCCACCGCAUAUACUGGUAUCUGGCGCUCGUCGAAGAAAAGAGGGUCCAUACUCUUGCCGGGGAUUGUCUAUUGAGUGCGCUGGAGAUCGCCUUUCCAAUCACCGCCUAUACCAUUGGAAUGAUGAACUAUGCCGUCGCCGGCCCCGAAUAUACAGAUGUGCUGCGCGAUGAGAUCCACUCUGCGCUGGACGCCACGGGAGGCGAGUGGUCUGUCGACAUUCUAGAUUAGAUGCCGCGGCUGGAGAGUUUUGCCCGGGAAACCGUCCGAUGUGAUACAAUCUCCGUGUGUAAGUCUAUAUUCCCUUGAACAUGCAUGUUUGGGUCAUUGUUGACUUGGAUCAGGGCAGCUUCGUCGCCUUGCCCCGCACAGUGGUUCUGUGUACGCAAACAUGGAAUAAAAUAGGUUAAAAUAAUGGAUAAAUUUUUAUGAGAAGCUCACUCCUGCCUCACUGGGACGUGUGUUCCCUCA